CCGGUACUGUAGGAUAGGACCAUGCCCGUAGCUGCGAUCAUCUUCGACCUCGAUGGGACCCUCCUUGACUCGGAGAUGCUCAGCGUGCAAACGUUGAUAGAAAUCGCAGGUCCGACCUACACCCUGGACCUGCAGAAGCGCAUCCUCGGCAUGCCAAGCCAUCAGUGGACUCGGAUUGUCGUCGACGAGCUACACUUGACCAUCUCGCCUGAAGAAUUAGCCCAUCAAUGGCAUGCUAUCCUCGCUACGAAGGUUGCGUCCAGUGUAUUGCUUCCGGGAGCGUUGGAACUAGUGCAGCGCCUGCAGACGAAUCCGCUCGUAAAGGUGGCGUUGGCCACCUCGUCGACGUCCAAAGCGGUCGCAAACAAGCGCUCUGUGCAUCCGUCGUUGUUUGAAGGAUUUGAGGUGAUCGUAUGCGGAGACGACCCGGCAGUGCUCCAUGGCAAGCCCAGCCCCGACAUCUUCCUCACCGCGGCCGCCCGCCUCGGCAUCACCGACAUGUCGACGUGUGUGGUGGUUGAAGACUCCCCGAACGGCGUCCUGGCUGGCCGCGCAGCUGGCAUGCAAGUGGUGGCGGUCCCCGACGCGCGAUUCUACGACCGCAAAGACAUUGCCGCCCGAUUCACCGACGCCGACAUCGUCUUGGCGUCGCUCGAGCACUGGCAUACUGCCGUGUUUUCGUGAUUGGGUAUUAUUCGAGCAAGUAUGUAGUACUACUACUUGGAAGUAGCUUACUAUAAUAUCAAAGCCUUUACUAUCCCUCGGGCAUAGUAGAAUAAAUACUAUUAAUAAUAGGAGGACCCCU